GUGCCUUGUCCUGGUGGUGUUCCUGGCGGAGUUGGUCCUGUUGGUGUUCCUGGUAUGGUUGGUCCUGUUCCUGGUGCUAAUGUUCUCCCAAAGACAAUUCCACCUCAGUUACAUCCUCCACAUAAUCCUGGUCCUGCUGUUAAACCUGCUGUUCCUGCUGUUCCUGCUGUUCCUGCCUUUUCUCACGCUUCUAAUGAUAUGUCUCUUGCAACUCAACUUAAUGGUGGUAUUGGCCAGGCAGGAGUUGUUGUUGGUCAACGUGGUGUGCGUCCUGCAGAUGAUAAGCAUGAGAAUCGUCCUGACGUACCCAGCAGUGUUACUAAAGCUCACAAUGGUGUUUUGGAGGGUAACAUGAUGGAUGGGAAGGAAAACGUGAUGGAAAGAAAGAAGGGUGAAGCAUUAGAAGGUCCAAAUAUUGUGAAUGCGAGUAAAACGGAAACUCUCCAAUCUCCU